AUGAGGCUCCCGAGGCAUCCUCGUCACCGCAGCUGGGCCGCGCAAUUGGCCAUGCAAGUCGUCCUCGCCGCUGCCGCGCUCGCUGCGCCCGUCGUGGAGAUUGGUGCAGGAAGCGUAUCAAUCAUCACGCCUGACUUUGAGAGCUUCGUGCGAGCGCAAAUGAGUAGCGGUCAUGUGCCUGGCAUGGCCAUGUCCAUCAUCGAUGGCAACAAUACAUGGUCCAAGGGCUACGGCUACUCUUCAGAAGACCACCGCUCUGUAACACCAUCUACUCUGUUCUUCUGCGGUAGCAUGACAAAGUCAAAUACAGCAGCUGCGCUGUCAAUCAUCAUCGACGAUGCUGCCAACUCCUCAACUCCUGUUGAAUGGGAUACACCCGUUUCAAAUAUCCUGCCCGACUUUGUCCUCUCUGAGCAAUGGGCUACAGAUCACAUUACAGUAACGGAUGCCCUUUGUCAUCGAACCGGAUACCCAAGACAUGACUUGUCCGGGCCAUAUCAUAACAACACCAAAGAGAUGAUACGCCGUUUUCGUUACUUGCCAAUGUCUGCUGAGCCGCGCGCCAAGUGGCAAUACAACAACAUGAUGUUUGGUACCAUGGGCCACGUCAUUGAGAAGCUCGGCAACACGUCGCUCGCGCGCUUCUUCCGAGACAGGCUGUGGCGGCCCAUGGGCAUGAACCACACGUACCUGCACCCAGGCGAGGCGCGCGCCGGCGGCGAGCAUCUCGCAACAUCAUUUUACUGGGAUAAUGAUACGCAGACUCUGUACCCCAUGCCCCAGCACGAUGAGUCGAGUAUUGCGGGCGCGGGCAUGGCCAUCUCGUCGGUGGACGACUGGUCAAGGUAUCUCCGGCACAUGCUGGACGAAACAGGUCCCGUUUCCAAAGCUGGGCAUGCAAUGAUCAGAAAAUCGCACAUGGUGGUGGGUGAGAGCGUCGAUGUCUUGGCCGCGGCUUUUACGGGCCAGGCCUCCUAUGCGCUCGGCUGGAACGUCGGUGUCUUUGAGAAUGAAGCCGUCUGGUAUCACUCUGGCUAUGUAAACCAAAUGGUAUCGUUCAUGUUGUUUGUGCCCAGCCGCAAGUUUGCAUACGUCGCCAUGAUGAAUACGAAUUCAUUAGCGUCACUAGAUGCAAUUACCGCCAGAGUAUUGAACGACUAUUUCAAAGUAGAGCCGAGCAAGCGAUUUGACCCGCAAGAAGUGUACAGCAAGUAUCGAUCCAAGAGCGAGAUCGAACUCGACACAUGUCCAAAGUUCAAAUACCCAAACCUGGUCAGCGCGCCCCAGGACGCCGGUGCUCCCCUGGACACCUUCUUGGGCACAUAUCACAACGACGGCUACGGCACCAUUGCCAUCUCCCGUGACUGUGCCUGGCAGGGGCCAGCGAACACACCAACCGCAUUCAGUCUGUUCGAUGGACACUGCAUGCUGCGCGUGCAAAAGGGCAACAGCUUUGGCAAUCCGCUGUCCUAUCGCUUGCAGCACGUCUCUGGUGCAUCUUGGGUCGCAUGGCUCUACAUGGACGACUACCCCAUGGUGAAGCGUCCAGUUGCAUGCUACAGAGCACAGUUUGAGGUGGAUGGGCAGGGAACGCCUGUUAGAUUUGGCAUUGACAUGAGAGACGAAACGGCACAUACUCCAUUGGUGUGGUUCGACCGUACGAAUUGA